AAAAGGCUGCAGAGGAUGACGACCCCGGAUGGAAAUGGAAUAAUCAUGGCGGCCCAGAGAGGAAAAGCCGACCUGCCCUGCCCUGCCCUGCCCUGCUCCGUCUGCCGGCGGGCCCAGAUCGGCCCACCCCGCGCAAGCCCCGAGGCCACCCGCCCAACGCCAAAAAGUGGAAAGGGGCCAUCCAAGCGACAGGCGCACGUGACGUGGCUUAUCCCCCUCUCGCUCUCGCCCCGCAUCCACCCUCCAAGCAGCAAGCAGCAGCAGCCAUCGGCCAUGGCCGCGGCGGCCUUCCUCUCCGCCAGGGCGGCGCCCGCGCUGCUCUCUCCCUUGCGCUCGCGCAGGCUGUACCGCCGCCUCGUCGCAUCCUCGUCCUCCGCCGGGGGUCAAGGUGGUGGCGGGGGAGUGGAGUUCCAGGGGAAGGUGGGCUUCCUGGGGCUCGGGAUCAUGGGCGCGCCCAUGGCAUCCAACCUCAUCAGCGCAGGCUGCGACGUUACGGUGUGGAACAGGACCAAGAGCAAGUGCGAUCCCCUCCUCAGCCUCGGUGCCAAGUACGAGCCUUCACCGGCCCAAGUCGCUUCAUCUUGUGACGUGACAUUCGCGAUGCUCGCUGAUCCACAAAGCGCGGCUGAGGUUGCAUGCGGGUCCAGUGGAGCUGCUGAAGGGCUGGCCCCUGGGAAAGGCUAUGUCGAUGUGUCGACGGUUGAUGGUGCUACAUCCAAGCUGAUCGCUGAACGCAUUACAAGUACCGGGGCAUCUUUUCUUGAGGCUCCAGUUUCAGGCUCGAAAAAGCCAGCAGAAGAUGGGCUGCUCAUCUUUCUCACCGCAGGUGAUGAAUCCUUGUACAAGAGAGUGGCGCCCCUCCUUGAUGUCAUGGGGAAGUCAAGAUUUUAUCUUGGCGAUGUAGGCAAUGGUGCGGCAAUGAAGAUCGUGGUUAACAUGGUCAUGGGGAGCAUGAUGGUUUCCUUCUCAGAAGGGUUGCUCCUGAGUGAAAAAGUUGGCUUAGACCCUAAUACUCUUGUUGAGGUUAUUUCCCAGGGUGCUAUCAGUGCCCCCAUGUUCUCCCUUAAGGGCCCAUCCAUGGUUAAAGCUGCAUAUCCUACUGCCUUUCCUCUGAAGCAUCAACAGAAGGACAUGAGGCUCGCAUUGGCCCUGGCGGAAUCAGUGUCCCAGUCCAUUCCUACAGUUGCAGCUGCGAACGAGCUGUACAAGGCUGCAAAAUCGCUUGGCCUUAGUGACCACGACUUCUCGGCGGUUAUUGAAGCACUUAAAUAAAGCCAAAGUGCAGAGCUCACAGCAGUAGGUGUUGCCUGUUCAGCUGCCAUCGAGGCAGCAUUUUGUUUUGAUGAGGAAUGAAAAGGGAAAUUUUCAAGAUCACUGCAGAAAAGUUUUGUUUAUUUUGAAUACAUUUAAGUACUGAACAAUACACUAUAUUUAAAAUUUGUAAAAAUUUUCUCAGAACAAUACAAUUUCUGUAUUUGUAAAAAUUUUCGCGAACAUUGCAGUGGCA